AUGGGACAAGCAGCUCUGAAAUCUCACAUGAGUAGUGAAAAACAUGUCAGUUUGAUGAAGUCAAUGGAAGGACAGAUAAUGGCAGUGUCUUCAAAUGUUGGUGGCGGUGACAAUCCCUUCCAAUCAAAACCUAGUUUACCGCCGAUGAAUUCUCUUCAAAGCAGUAAUUGGUAUUUUUAUAGUCAAGAAAUAAAAGAUUAUCUGUUGGCUUGUGGAUAUGUGGGAUUGGCAGUUAAGGUUGAUAUAGAUAACAGUUUGAGGGUAGGCAGGGAGGAAUCCUGCGGGGGCUCAUCGUUCCUGUCCUGCCGAGAUGGAUUGAUUGUCAAUCUUACACUGAGUGUUACGGCUAAAGUUAUAGAAACAAUAGAGAGACUUUUAGUUAUAUUCUAAGAAAGAAAGAGAAAGAAUGAAUGAAAGGAGAGAUUGCUCAAGAUGUUGGAUUGUAUUGAUAACGCGUCAUGACAUUUUAGAUCGUUUUGAUUACGAAACGAGUAAAAUAAUGCUAUAUUUUUUUCAACAUUUCUAUCAAGGUCACAGUGACAAAAGGAAGUAUCCGCCCUGUCUUGGAGAUCUGUACAUGGAAAUCAUAAUGUAAGAGAUUUGUCUGCUGCCCUGAUUGUGUGGAAUCAUCAUGCAGCAAUAAUGUUACAUUAAAAUGUUCUCAGUUACAUUGGCUAUAUCUUUCACUGUUAUAAUUGUGGUAAUUUUACUAAUGAAAUAAAUUAUUUUAUCUAA